CGUGAAGCCCCGUCCAAGAUGGUGGCUGCCUGGUAAGCGGCUGUCGCGCAGCGGCCUAGAGGCGAGCGGGGAAUGGCGGCGGCGGAGCUGGCUGGAGCGCCCUGCGGCGCCGCAGAAGCACCGGAGAUGGAGAGCGGCGACGCAGACACAGUGCUGCCCGGGUUCAGGGAUGCCGAUUCUUUCGUCAAGCAUGCCCUUGGUACGGUGGUGUCGGCCACCAAAGCUUCCAGUGGCCUCCCACAGCCCGGAGAUGAAUAUGACUUCUACCGCAGCUUCCCAGGCUUCCAGGCCUACUGCGAGACGCAAGGAGAUAGACUGCUGCAGUGCAUGAGCCGAGUGAUGCAGUACCACGGCUGUCGCAGCCACCUGCAGGACCACAGCAAGGCCACGGAGCUGGAGGACAAGUUCGACCUUCUGGUGGACGCCAAUGACGCCAUCCUGGAAAGAGUGGGCAUGCUACUGGAUGAAGCUGCCGGCGUCAACAGGAACCAGCAGCCUGUUCUUCCUGUGGGCCUGCAGCCCCCCAAGACCAUCAUCUCCAGCUGGAACCGCAAGCAGGGGGGAGAGGCCAGCAAGUGGGCCAGGCAGGACACCUUCCGCCUGCUGCACGCCAAGAACAUCCCCCGGCCACAGCUCAGGUUCCGCGAGAAGGUGGACAACUCCAACACCCCCUUUGUCCCCAAGCUCUUUGUCAAGCCCAACGCGCUGAAGCCGCUGUCGGAAGCACUGCUGAAGCGCAGGCGCGAGCGGAAGGACCGCCCCGAGGACCUGGAUGUGCCCGCCGCCCUGGCCGACUUCCUGCACCAACAGAGGACCCAACGGACGGAGCAGGACAUGUUUGCUCACCCCUACCAGUACGAACUGGAGCACUUUUCACUGCCGGCUGAACUUCUCGAGAAACCUCAAGUCCAGAUGUUCCGGCCUCCUGCAGAAACGCCCUGCCACUUUGUCACCACCGUGGAUGAGCUGGUUGAGCUGAACGAGAAACUCCGAGGCUGCAAAGAUUUUGCUGUGGACCUAGAACACCAUGCCUACCGGAGCUUCCUCGGCUUGACGUGCCUCAUGCAGAUCUCCACCCGAACCGAGGAUUUCAUCGUUGACGCGCUGGAGCUGCGCGGGGACUUGUACAUCUUGAACGAGACGUUCACGGACCCGGACAUUGUCAAGGUCUUGCACGGCGCCGACUCAGACGUGGAAUGGCUCCAGAGGGACUUCGGCCUCUACCUGGUGAACAUGUUCGACACUCACCAGGCGGCUCGGCUGCUCAACCUCAGCAGGCACUCCCUGGACCACCUCCUCAAGCACUACUGCAACGUGGACGCCAACAAGCAGUAUCAGCUGGCCGACUGGAGGAUCCGCCCGCUGCCGGAGGAAAUGAUCCAUUACGCCCGUGACGACACCCAUUACUUGCUGUACAUCUACGACCGAGUCCGAGAGGAGCUGUGGGAAAGAGCCAACGGGCAGCCAGCUCAGCUCCAGGUGGCCUGGCAGCGGAGCAAAGCCAUCUGCCUGAAGAAAUACAUCAAGCCCAUCUUCACUGAGGACUCUUAUCUUGAGCUCUACAAGAAGCAGAAGAAGCACCUCAACACCCAGCAGCUGACGGCAUUCAAGUUGCUCUUUUCGUGGAGAGACAAGACGGCGCGCCAGGAGGACGAGAGCACGGGGUAUGUGCUACCAAACCACAUGCUGCUGAAGAUAGCAGAGGAGCUGCCCAAGGAGCCGCAGGGCCUCAUCGCCUGCUGCAACCCGGUCCCGCCCCUCGUUCGGCAGCAGAUCAACGAAAUGCACCUCCUGAUCCAGCAGGCCAGAGAGAUGCCGCUGCUAAAGUCUGAAUUUGCAACUGCAGCGAAAAAGAAAGGACCGGUUCGAAAUGCAGAGAAGCCAGAGAACCACCUGUUCGGACCUCAUGACAGCUCGCACCUCGCUCCCGAUGAAAAGAUGAACUACAUGGAUCCAGCGCCUGGAGCAACCUUAGCGCAUGCAAGUCUCUUUCCGGAAGAGGAAGUGGACGGGAUGGCUGUCUCACCGAGGCCGCCAUGUCUCCUCCUGGAAGCCAGCAUCAGUAUUUUUAAUGAAUCCGAAAUAGAUGGAGAGAAGAACGAGAAUUUGACGGUGGCGCAGCAGAAGUCCCGGCGCAUCAUGGAGUCCUUCGAAAACCCAUUCCGAAUGUAUUUGCCAGCAGAACAGAACUCGGCCCAUAUCUCGCAGUCGGCAAAGUUCGAUCCAUCAUCAAAGAUCUACGAGAUCAGCAAUCGGUGGAAACUCCUGAGCCAGGCACAGCUUCAGGCAGUGUCCAAAAAGGAACCCACCAAGAAAGGCCUUCAGCAAACGGCAGCAGCAGCAGCCGCCCAUGAGCUCGCCGAGAAGGAAUGCAAAGACAAAGCCGCAGAAGCCGUUUCCGUGCGCCAGAUGGUCGCACAAGAACAGCUCAGCCAAAAGAGGGAGAAAGCAGAAAGCAGCAAUCCCGAAACAGAGCCUGGCAAGCAGGCAAGGAAAAAGCCCAAACUUUCCCAGCCCCCUGAGGAAAAAGACGCUCCUAAGGAAUUCACCCCGUUUGACUACAGUAAAUCUGACCUCCGAGUCUUUGCCGGAAGCAGCGUGCCCAAGCCUUCCUCGCAGUUCGAUCCUGCCAAGCAAGCCCGGGCCGGCAAGAAAUUCUCAGGAGCCAGCAAAGUCCAGCAGCCAGUUGGAACAAAGAGCAUGUCAUACACAGCUGGGAAAUCUAACAGGGGUUUCAGGCAUAACUGGCCGAAAAGAUAACGCUGCUCAAAGAGCCUCCUGGAAAAAACCACGAAAUGCAGCAUUGGAGAAAUUAACAGAGUUCAACAGAGAGGAUUCCCAUUUCCUGCUGCUGCCUUUUAUAUGGAUUUCUUGUAGGGGAGGGGGGUUGUUUUUGGUUUUGUUCUUUUUUUAAAAAAAGGGGGAUUAAACUGCCUUUCUUUGCCCGAAAGUAUGGAAGGAAAAAUCUUAA